GCAGCAGCAGUGCGCAUGCGCGACGGCCCCGCAUUCCAUCAUGGCGGAGCCGUCUGACUGGAUCUGUUCCUGCGGCGGCGGUGGUGAAGGCGAAGCUUGGCGGCGCUGAAGCGGUUUCGCCUCCGGGGCUCCUGCUCCAGUUUCUGCUCACGCGGUGGCUGUGGUGAGAGAAACCAUUAAUGAAUGAACCGUCAUUUCAGCUAUGAUGGCAGACCAGCCACCUCCAUUAGAAGCCACACCUAUUUUGAAUGAAGUGCCACUUCUACCUCAUAUGGUCAAUGGGGACACUACGCAACAGGUUAUCCUUGUGCAAGUAAACCCAGGAGAGACUUUCACAAUUAGAACUGAAGAUGGACACAUUCAGUGUAUCCAAGGUCCUGCACAUGUUCCGAUGAUGUCACCAAAUGGUUCUGUGCCUCCAAUAUUUGUGCCUCCUGGCUAUGUAUCUCAGGUGGUGGAAGAAAAUGGAGUUCGGAAGGUGAUCGUUAUGCCACAUUCGACUGAAUUCCAUCCCUCCAUGCACCCACCUCCUCCACACGUGCCCCAUUAUAUGCACCCUCAUCCUGCUUUGCUUCCCCAUCCACCUCAUCCCGUCUAUCCUCCGGUUCCGGGGACAGGAGAAAUACCGCCACAGUUCAUUCAUCAGCACCCACCGCCGCCCUCGCCACAUCUGUACCAAGAACAAGAGUCGCGUUCCCAUGGCAGAACGAAUUUUGUUCAGCGGGAUGAAAGGACUCUCAAAAUGCAGGAGCAUUUGAAGAAAAGGCUAAAAGACCGGCAAGCGAGUGGACAUACAAAUAAUAAAGUGAACAGUCCUCCUUCCUCACCUCAUAAAGUUACCCAUUCCUCCAGCACCAAUGUCCAGAAUGGAUUAGGAAAGGGACAACAAGGAGCAGGAGGGCAAAUCAAGCAGAAGCAAGUAGGAAAAGCCAGGGGAAGCCCCGUCCCAUCAGGCGAUUCAGGAAUGGGAGAAUCUGACACAGAAUCUAGAAAAUCUGAAGAGCUUUUAAGUUUCAGUAAGCCUACUGUGUCUGAAAUUCAAGCCAGGUCAGUCCUCAUAUCUUGGAGCCCCCCAGUUGUAUCCCAAAAUGAAGAAACUCAGACCCUCUCUCCUACAACUUUCACAUUUGAAGUGGCAGUCUCGAACAGUGGAAAAAAUGGGAAGUUUAAAUCAGUUUACAUAGGUGAAGAGACAACUUUUACAAUUCCCGAUCUCAGACCAGCAACUGAUUAUCAUGUCAGAGUUUCAGCCUCAAGCAGUUCCACAAAGGAAACGGUUUCAGAGCUGACAAGUUUUACUACAGAAAGUUGUGAACCAGACCCUCCAGCUGCACCUAAAGUAGUCAACAAAACCAAAAACAGCCUGAAUCUACAGUGGAAGUCCUCCAAUGAUAAUGGCUCCAAAGUGACUAACUACCUUUUAGAAUGGGAUGAGGGGAAGAACAGCGCAUUCAAGGAAUGCUACUAUGGCCAUCAGAAGCAACACAAAAUAACCAAGCUGACCCCUUCUACAAAAUAUUCAUUCAGGCUGGCAGCCAAAAAUGACAUUGGAAUGAGCGCAUUCAGUGAGACGUUGGUGUGUUACACAGUAGGAAUUGUUCCUCCGCCACCUUCGGCUCCUCAGCUGUCUGAAUCUGGGGUGACCUGGUUAUCUCUUAAAUGGAGCCCUCCAACCGGUUUGUCUUCAGAUGACUCUCUGACGUACACUUUAGAAAUGGAAGAGGAGGGUUCGGAUUAUGGUUUCCAAGCAGGGUACAAUGGAGAUGAACUUUCUUGCACUUUAAAAGACUUGAGAAGGAGUACUUCUUAUAAAUUUAGGCUAUUUGCGCAUAACACUGAAGGAAAAAGCGGGCCUAGUGAGAUCAUUGAAUACAGCACAAGUCCAGACAAACCCGGAGCUCCAAGUAAACCGGCUGUAAAGGGAAAGAUCCAUUCGCAUAACGUGAAAGUGACCUGGGACCCACCAAAGGAUAAUGGCGGAGCAGAGAUCUCUACGUAUAUCCUAGAAAUGUCAGAGGCCGCGGCUGGCAGUAAAUGGGAAGUGGCUUACAGUGGCCCCAUGAGAGAACAUGUAUGUGCUCAUCUCAAGCCUGGUACUUCCUACAGACUAAGAGUUUCCUGCGUUGGCAGAGGGGGCCAGAGUCAGGCAUCUGAUGUCCUCAUGGUUCAGACAGCAGCUGUUCCCCCAGGACCAUGCCAUUCUCCUUGCCUGGCGAGCAAAGCCAGACCUAAGGAUAUCUCUCUUCAGUGGGAUCCGCCUUCUACGGACGGGGGCUCAGAGGUUACGGAGUACGUUGUGGAAACCGCAAACUCUGACCAGGAUGAGCGCAAACAGGUCUACCAUGGCCAGGCGCUUGAAUGCACAGUGACCGGUCUCCUUCCUGGGAGGACAUACUGCUUCUGGAUUCGAGCAGCCAACAAAGUUGGGCUUGGUCCUUACUCGGAAAAGGCAGAAAUCUGCACUGCUCCUGGCCCUCCAGAUCCGUGCUGUGUCCCCCUUCUCACCAGUAAGACAGCUACGUGUGUGGUGGCCUCAUGGGAGAUCCCGGCCUGCAAUGGUGCAGAAGUCACCGAAUACAGGCUGGAGUGGGGGCAAGUGGAAGGAUCAAUGCACAUAAUAUACUCUGGUCCUCUUCUGAGUUACGAGGUGAAAGGACUGACCCCUGCGACCACAUAUUAUUGUAGAGUACAGGCGGUAAAUGUAGCCGGUGCCGGAUUGUUUGGGGAAAUAGGGAUGAUCAUGACCCCGGCUUCGGUACCAGCUGCGGUGCCUGUGCUGCACUUGCUGGAAGAAGACCAGACAGAGGGGUCACUUCCUCUCUCAACGUGCCUUGCUCUUCACUGGGAGGAGCCCUGUUGCCACGGGGCAGAGGUCAUGGGCUACAACAUCGAAUACGGAGAGAAACAGGUCUUAACCAUCAACCGAGUUACAAGCCAUGUUUUGGAGAACCUGCAACCCGACACUUUAUACAGAAUCCGGAUCCAGGCCUUCAACAGUCUCGGAGCGGGUCCCUUCAGCCCUUCCAUUAAAGCAAAAACGAAGCCUUUGCCGCCAGAACCCCCACACCUGGAAUGUGUUGUCUUCAGUUACCAGAGCCUUAAGCUGAAAUGGGGAGAAGGGCCCAGCAGAGCUUUGAUCGCCAACCCCACGCACUUCAACCUGCAGAUGGAAGACCGAUUUGGCAGAUUCAUUACGGUCUACAGCGGACCUUGUCACACAUACAAAGUGCAGCGACUUAGUGAAUCCACAAUAUACUACUUUAAGAUCCAGGCGUGUAACGAUGCCGGCGAAGGGGAUUUCUCUGAAGUUUACGCGUUCACUACAACCAAAUCUCCACCACCGGCGCUGAAAGCGCCCAAAGUACAUCAGCUGGGAGAUAAUGCCUGUGAAGUCACAUGGGAGCCUUUACAGCCAAUGAAAGGCGAUGCCAUCGUUUACAUUUUACAACUUGCCAGUGGGAGGGAAGUUGAUCAGGUAUACAAGGGACCAGAGACUUCGUUCCGCUUCUCCAACCUGCAGACAAACUGUGAAUACCGGUUCAGGGUGUGUGCUGGACGCCAGUAUCAGGACUCCGCUGGGCCACAAGAACUGCUAGGGCCGUACAGCCCGAGCACUGCGUUUUCAUCUCAGAAGCAGGAGCUCGUGUCGCCGUGCACAGACGCGGGGUCCGACCUGCCGAAAAGCCGGAGGAAGCCGCUGAGCGAUGAACAGUUUGCCUUCUUGCUCCUCCUCAUCUUCGCCACCGUUGCUAUCCUGUUCGCCGUCAUCAUCCAGUACUUUGUGAUCAAGUAAGCGAGCGGCUUUUGAGAUUUGCCUUCAUUACUCAGCUUAUGAUUAUGAUUAUUAUUUUUUCAUAUGGAAAUUUAUGCCUUGGGUAUUUAUGUAAAUUCCAAUUAAAAAUGCUCGCUGGGAAUGAUUGUAUAAGACACACAUUUCCAUUUUUGCUGCUGAUGAACAGCAAGGCUGGGUGGGCUGGCCUCCCUCGCUCUCCUCCAAAAAGCCUCCCACCUGGGGAGAACGGAAGAGACGCAAACCCCUAUUCUAGCAUUGUUGUGCAUUCUCUAAUCAGGGUUAGCUGUUGAAAACAGCAAAAAAACAAACAAAACAAACAGCUGCCUUAACACGCACUUGUGAUUCUCAGAGAGCUCGACUUUUAAUACUCUGUUUUCAAGAAAAGGGGUAAGGCAUGGCCAGCCGCUUCGGUCUAAGCCUUGGCUUGUGACGAGAUGCAGCAGCAGAGAUGCUUAAGCGUAGAACAGUACUGUAUUACAGGACAUUUGCUAAAGCAUACCACACCUGAUAUUAUACUGUAGACAAAAAAACCCAAGAAUUGAAACCAAAAUGUUAAUCAACUUUUGACUUAAUGCUACUCUUUCUAUUUUAAAUGUUGGUUUCCCACUCCUUUUUAAUCAUUGGGACUCCAAUUGUUGAACGGUCAACUUUGAGAUACAAAGGUAAUCAGCAGACGGUGCUGACAUCCUUUUAGAGAAAUUAUUGGAAGCCCAGUCUGUCCCUACGAGAGAGAGAGAGGGGUCUGCCUUGAUGGCCCUUCUUCUAUGCUGUCCAUUUCUGAACAAAGUGCUUUCCAUCGUCAGUAAGCAAGUGUUGGCCCGACCCAGAGUCCGCUCUCAGUGCCUGAGAGACCAGUUACUCGCCCUGUGCUUCUGACUUAAAAAGAAAAAAAAACUGCAGCCGCUUUUUCUUUUUUCUUUUCAGAAGAAAAGCACAGAAAGUUUUUUUUUUGUUUGUCUUUAACGAAAACAAAAAAAGUGCAUUUAUGAUAAAUGUUUCACUAUUUGGCUCAAACUGAGCAAAAAAAUGUUUUUGUACUAUUCUUAACGUAAAAUUUAAGAAAAAUAAUAAUAACAAUAACAAAACAAAUAAAAAUGCAAGCUGUGGUUAGCUUUUGGAUUCUCCCCGCAUGGCCCAGCCCCCCUCCCUUUAUUUUUUGGGAUACCCUUCUAACACAAUCCAACUGAUCAAGUCACAUGAGGAAAUGAAUUUUUCUGCUCGAGUUUGAAAGGAAUUGCUGCCCCUCCUGCAGUGAUUCUGUGUUCCCGUCGUUUUUGUGGUUCAAGUCCUCUCUCCCCCUUGUUUUGUGGAUAAAUAACUCAGUAACAGGUCUGGCUUUUGGGUGGAAUAGUGUUCCCCUCCCUUCUCUCCUUUGUUUCUGGGGGGUAAAUAUCAUGCACUACAUAGGACUGUUCUGUAUCAAGCCCCUGUAGCAGGUACCUGUGAAGUAGAAGUGACUCAAUGUUGUCUUUACAUGGCGCUCGUUUGGAAGCUGGAGAACGACCCGUUUUUGUUUCAGAGGAAGACAAUGCUCACCUUCAAACGGCCACAGAUAUUUUUGUUACCUUUUUUGCACAGAGGUAGGGACUGAACAAAAUGAGCUCCCCUUUUACGACACAUCGGGCGCUUGCUCUUGUGAGACAGUGAGAGUGACGUGUACGACUCACUUUAGCUUGAGACAUGCCUCUCUUUCAGACCAUAGAACAUCAUCAAGGUGUUUCUCAGCCAGCUGUUAGUUCAUUAUAAGCUUAUGGUUUGUGGCAUUGUGUUUGCAUUUCACACCGUGGGGGGGGGGCACAUAUACACACACACAUACACGCAGACGAUGGUAUCAUAUCACUUACUAUCUUUAAAAAAAAUAAAGUAGAUUUAUGGUGCAAUCUGAAAUUAACAUUUUUUUCUCAAACAAAUGUACUCUCCUUUUUUGUGAUCUAUUUAUUUUGAUUUUUAAAAAAAAGCAAAUUCUGGAAAAUGUAUGUUUGAAUGUACUGUUCUACUUGUAGCAGAACUUUUAAGUUAAUCAUUUAUUGUAAUGGAUUCCUUUCUUCAGUGUUGGAAAGAGUUUUAUACAAACGUUAGUGUCGGUAGUUUGCAGGGACGUUUACAACCUGUUCUCCUUCAUUUCUUUUCAUACUUCACUUUUUUAUAUAAAACAGUAGACUGUCUUCAGCCGAUUUUCUGUUGCCAAAGCGUAUGUGUUUCUUUUUGUUGUUGCUGUUGUUAAAACUCUGACAGAAACGAUUGGGGGGGAAACAGUCUCAUCGAAUUGGCAAUAGUACGUCAGAUGCAUUUUUUAAAUUAGGUUUUUCUGAAUGAAUACUAACCAAAAUUAUGACUUCCUAGAAAGUUUUAAAAAAGUUUAAUUUGUAUUUGUAAUUGCCACAAACUGUUUAUAUUUCCAGAAAGUUUACUGGAAAGCAUAGUGUAGAAUUUUAUAUUUACAACUAUACAUUCCAGAUUGAUGUACUCUAGUGGCAUUAAUGUAUUAGAUUCUCCUUUUUUCUCUUGUAUUGUAAUUUUUGCUGUAUUUCAUACUUAUGUUAAACCUGCCAGACAUCGUAUUACUAAAUUGUAACUAUAAAUAGAUAAUAUAUUUAAUAUGGCCAAUAAAAAUACAAAAUUGUUCACA